AUGUCCAAUGAUUGGCCGAAAAUAUGCGGAAAAUACACUAAAUGGUUAGAAGAUGAAGUGGCAAAUGGUAAUAUACACCUUUUUGAUUAUUCACUGUUCAGCGAUAUUGAUGCUAUUGGAAGAGGCGGGUUUGGAUAUAUUUAUUCGGCUGACUAUAAUGGAGAAAAAGUCGCAUUGAAAAACCUCCAAACCAAAGAAGCAACUAAAGAGUUUGUUAAUGAGUUCUAG